AUGAAGUUCAUCUUCGUUACUCUUGCUCUUGCCGCCUCCGCCAUGGCCGGCGUCACCGGUGAUAAGGGCGACAAGGAUACCAAGAAGGCAACCUGUGAUGUCGACCAGACCGUCGUCUGCAAGGACAACGGCAACGGCGGUCUCAUUUCUCUGGGCAACAUUGCCAACGGUGCUCUCGGUGACUCCUGCUCCGGUGAUGUCUACUGCUGUGACAAGUCCGGCACUGAGGACGGCAACCUCCUCAACCUGGAUGUCAACGCCCAGUGCUCUCUCGCCCACCUCCUGUAA